UUAGUUACAUUUAGUGUUGAAUAAAUUAUAAAGCCUUUGCCAAACAACAAAAGGUGGAACAUGCAAGAGCUCAAGCAACGGUUUGAGCGACGCCAAUUGGCGGAUGACCUGAAGCAGAAACAGGUAAUCCAGGACCGCCUGCUGCACAGGAUCCUUUACUCCAAGCGCCUGCUGGUGGACCAUGUGGAGGCACUGGAGCAGUGCAUGCAGGAGCUGCAGGCCUCCUCGCAUCCCGGCCGGCAAUUGCUGACCACGCGGAAUGCCUGCUUGAUUUUAGGAGGCACUCUUGUGGAGCACCUGAUCACCCCCAGGGGCAUCCGGUACACCAUGUUGCCAUCCAUCCUCAUCACCGGCACCUUUGCCGCCCUGUGCGCAGUGAAGAGCGUGUUUGUGUGCCGGAAUAAAAUCGUGGAGCGGAAAUUGGAGCAACUGGUCAAGACCAUCGAUGAGUUCGGCAACUGCAUCCGGCGGAAUAUGACGUACUUUCAGGAGAUUAUCAUCAUGAAGCAGGCAGAACUAAUAGAAUCCCGCCAGAUAGAGCGCGCCUGGGAUUGCAUAACGGCCGCCAAGGAGGUUACCGAAAUCCUGUACGACGCUACCCGCAAACUGGAGACGGACUAUCCCCUGCCCGCUAAGUACGGAGCCUAUUAUGCGCCCAUGGAGGAACUGCGGGAGUGCGAGUACUUCAAGAACAAUGUCACGGACUACAGUCCCAAGCACAUAAAGGAUUUCCACAACAUCUUCGCGUACGUGCAGUCACAGUACCUGCUCCGGCUGGCCUUUACCAUCACCACUCGUCCCUCGAUCUCCCAGCUGAGCGAGGAUCUGGUGAAGAUCGACUGCCUGGUGCGGCAGUUGGUGCAGGAGGAGGAGGCGCACUUCAGCAAUCUGGCCUUGGCCAUGCAGAACAGGAAGCAGAUGGAACUGGCCGAGUUGAAUGCGACCAGAACGGAGCAGCAGCGCAGUGGACCCAUCGCAGUGCUGCAGCAUUCCUCGCUGAAGCUGAGUGCCUGCAUGGUGGCCGUGGCCGGAGAAUGCCAGGCUCUGGACGUCACGCUGCAGCAACUGACGGCCACGGAGGCGGCGAACAGGAACAACUCCAAGGAGCUGGUGGCCGUGGCCAAUAAUAUGCAUGGUAUCGAAAAUGCCCUGGCCGUUUGCUGUGAUGAUUUCCAGCGUUUGAUGCUGGUCUACAACAAGUUCCUGCACAGUCAGCUGAAUUUGGAGGGGGAGUCGCCGAAACCCAAGCAGGAUCUGGACGAGGAAUUCCCCGAGAGCAUUCUGCGGGUGGAGUUCUCGCAGAAUGUCGAUGCACCGCAGCAGAAGGAUGACUUCUAUGCCUAUAUGUACGAUCAGAACGAGGAGCAGCAGUUCGAGGCCGAGCAGAACGCCCCGUUUCCUUCGCCAGAAAAGGAGUUGCUUAACUUUGAGAAGCGCAUCACCAAGGGAAGGUUUAAACCUGUCCUCAAACAGCUGAAGGAUCGCAUUGAUCCCAUAAGGCAGGUGAUGCUGGAAAAGGAGCGAGAAGUGCUGGCCUCCAAGGGCAUAAAUGUGGACGAGCUCUUUGGCAAAAUGGAGAGUGUGGAGCAACAGCAGCAGCAGCAGCAGGAGGACAAUCGACUGGCGGAGGGAAAACCUUCUCCCCCCUGCGAAUCCUCAUCCAAUUCGGAUUCUGAUUCCGCCGACGAAGAGGCCUUCAAGCGACGAAGCAAACAGCACAAGGAGCGUGAUAACUUUGCCGAAAUGCGCCAAUUUCUGGCCCAAAAGCAGGCAAUUAAUCUGUUUAAGCUACCACCACCACCUGUGGCCGCCGCUGAGGAAGAGCUGCUGGAAAGUGAAUGCUAGACUGCGCUGUUUGUUUAUAUCACAAGCCUACUAUCUCCUUUGCUCUGGGUAUUAUCUGUUUAAGCUUUUAUCAUUUAUCUAGCCAACUG